AUGCCAUCCUGGAAGCGGAUUUUUCGAUCCUCCCGAAGGCCCACCAAAAACCCUCCCUCCACUGCGUCAACCGGGGCUGUUGAGCGUCCACGAGGACUUGACGUCAUCUCCGAGGGUGCCGAUCCCAUCGUUGACAUCGUCGCCGUCCAUGGCCUGAACGGUCACCGAGAGAAGACAUGGAUCGCGAAGAAUGGUGUCCACUGGCUCCGCGAUCUCCUCCCCGACGACCUACCCAGAGCUCGAAUCCUUUCAUGGGGCUACGACGCGAGAACGCAUGCUGCUUCUAGCUUAAGUAGCUUAUAUCUGUACGAUCACGCACGGGCUCUAGUGUCCGACUUGAGUACGAAGCGGAAAUUGACCAAUUCUUCGCGUCGACCGAUCAUCUUCAUAACGCAUAGCCUUGGGGGUAUUGUCUUGAAAAGUGCACUGAUUCAUUCGGACGCUGCUCGCCAAGGUGCUCUUCUUGAACAGCGCUCUAUCAAACUCUCAACAUAUGGCAUCAUAUUCAUGGGCACUCCCCAUCAAGGUGGGAAUGGUGUUCAACUGGGACGUGUACUUGCCAACGUCGCCUCUCUGUUUAUGGAGGCCGACGACCACCUCCUCAAGCAUCUCGAGAAAGACUCCGAGUGGUUGCAACAGCAGUCAGGGCAAUAUGGUCCGAUCAGUGGUGAAUUCGUGACAAAGUUUGCCUAUGAGGAAUACCCAACGACUACGGCCCUUGGAAAAAAGAUUCUGCUGGUCCCCAAAUCGUCAGCGGUCGUCUCAUCGCAAGCGGACGCAGAGCCGAUGGUCAUCCAUGCAGACCAUAAGAACAUGGUCAAGUUCCCCUCAAGCCAGGACGGAGGCUACAUUACCGUUUCCAGCCAUUUGCGGAUUAUGAUGGUCGAUGCCGAGCGUACCAUUCAAUCCCGGUUGGAGGCAGAAACUAGGGCUGAUGAUGCGCGGAACAAGAAUUCCCAGUUCUCACUCAGCUUCAGCUUAUCAGAGGUUACUGAGGCGAGUCAUUUCGUUGCAAGAGAGGAGGAGCUUGCUCAGAUGCAUAAGAUUUUGGCGGUAUCCCAUGACCGCCGCACUGUUGUCGUCCACGGGCUUGGUGGUAUGGGUAAGACUCAGCUUGCAAUCGCGUUUGCUAAGCGGCAUUACGCCCAGUUUUCAGCAGUUGUCUGGCUGAAUGCCAGAGAUGAGGCGACGUUGAAGCAGAGCAUCGUGAAAACAGGAGAGCGAAUACUUCAGGAGCAUCCUUCUAUCACCUACCUUGAGCAGGCUGUCGCCAAUCAGGAUGUUGACGAGGUGGUGAAAGCUGUCAAGAGGUGGUUCGACGAAUCCAGCAACAAACUUUGGCUCAUCGUCUAUGACAACUAUGAUCAUCCUCAGUUGGGUGGCACCUCUGGCUUGGACAACAGCGUUCAUGAUAUCGAGGACGAAAGCAAUCUUGCAGGGAGCUCUGAGCAGACGACUAGCCUGGCAGUUAAACCUUUCGACAUUCGUCCAUUUCUCCCAGGGAGCUAUCACGGCGCCAUCAUCGUGACAACGCGGUCGUCCACGGUCAAAAUUGGCCAGACAAUACGGCUGGGCAAACUUAAAUGCAUUGAGGAUAGCCUUCACAUUUUGGAAUCUACAUCGAACCGUCAAUAUCUUGGGCAAGAUCCCGCUGCUGUCAAUCUUGCCCGGAAGCUCGAUGGUCUUCCUCUUGCCCUCUCGACUGCCGGCGCCUACCUAGACCAAGUUUCUAUGACGUGCAACGAGUACCUGGAAUUGUACAAUGAAUCAUGGUACCGACUCCAGAAAUCGAGUCCACAGCUCUUGUCAUACGAAGACCGUGCUAUGUACUCGACGUGGAACAUUUCGUACAUGAACAUACAGCGACGGAAUAAGUCUUCCGCUAUGCUCCUCAAGCUUUGGGCGUACUUUAGCCAUAAUGAUUUGUGGUAUGAGCUACUAUUUGUCGGGGACUCGUUGGCACCACCCUGGCUGGAAGCUUUGACGGCCGACAAACUCGCAUUUGAGGAAUGCAUGCGUCUACUAUGUGACCACGGAUUGGUAGAGGCCGAUCCUUCGACCAAGGAGCUCACGACGGGCUCGAUUGGGUACAGCAUACAUGGAUGCGUGCACGCUUGGAUGGUGCAUGUCUUGCACGAAACGACUGAUGCAGAGAUGGCGCAACUUGCCAUAGCAUGCGUGGCAUGGCAUACGCCGGAGACAGAAGACGAUGAAUACUGGAGGUUACAGCAGCGACUCUUGCAACAUGUUGACAGAUGCCUGGAGCUGAUCACAGAAGGCGUGAGGGUGCAAGAUUUGGAUUCAUGGAUGUAUGGAGUCGUUGGAGACCUCUAUAGCGACCAAGGCCGACUUAGUGAAGCGGAGGGUAUGUAUGAGCGCGCACUGCAAGGGCACGAGAAGGUAUUGGGACCAGAACAUACAUCAACAUUCAGCACAGCCAACAAUUUAGGUCUCAUCUAUAAAGACCAAGGCCGACUUAGCGAAGCUGAGGCUAUGCUUAAGCGAGCACUGCAAGGGAAUGAGAAGGUAUUGGGACCAGAGCAUAUAUCAACACUCAACACCGUCAACAAUCUAGGUCUCAUCUAUAAGAACCAAGGCCGAAUUAGCGAAGCGGAAGCUAUGUAUAAGCGUGCACUACAAGGGAAUGAGAAGGUAUUGGGACCAGAGCAUAUGUCAACUCUCCCAGCAGUCAACAAUCUAGGUCUCAUCUAUAAAGACCAAGGCCGACUUAGCGAAGCUGAGGCUAUGCUUAAGCGAGCACUGCAAGGGAAUGAGAAGGUAUUGGGACCAGAGCAUAUAUCAACACUCAACACCGUCAACAAUCUAGGGAUCCUCUAUGACAGCCAAGGCCGACAUAGCGAAGCGGAAGCUUUGUAUGAGCGCGCACUACAAGGGAAGGAGAAGGUAUUGGGACCAGAGCAUAUAUCAACACUCAACACCGUCAACAAUCUAGGGAUCCUCUAUGACAGCCAAGGCCGACAUAGCGAAGCGGAAGCUUUGUAUGAGCGCGCACUACAAAGGGGCGAGAAAACAUUAGGACCGGAGCAUCCGUCAACACUCACAACAGUCAACAAUCUAGCGGUCUUCUAUGCUGGCCAUGGCCGAUUUAGCCAAGCGGAAGCUAUGUAUAAGCGAGUACUGCAAGGGUAUGAGAAGUCUUUGGGACCUGCCACCUUCAAGACGUGCCUUCCUGUAUUAACUUGUCUUGGAAAUCUCGGUCAUCUCUAUAAAGAACAAGGCAAACUGGACCAGGCUAGGCAGUAUUUUCUUCUUGCACGGGAUGGGUCUCGCACAGUCUUCGGAUCCGAUUCCGACAGGGUUAAAGGAAUAUCUGAAGAGUUGGUAGAGAUGGGAUUUUAG